UUGAAUGCAGCUUUUCAAUUAAUCGCGUGUAAUGCAUCGUAGAUUUGCGGAGAAAUUUUUAAAAAUACAAUGUCAUUAUCAUAUUUUUGGCCUUUGAUUGAGAAGAAUCAUUCAUCUCUUCAAUAAUAUUGCUUCUAAUAAAAAUCUUGAUUUUAAAAUAAAGGUAUGGCUGGGUCGUCUACAAGUGCGGAAUAUGGAUCCAUGGAUGGAUAUUUAGCAUCAUUAUCAACUCUGGACAAACCAGAGAUAAAAAUUGAACACAAGUUAAAAGCCAUUCAAGAUCUGUGUUCACACCUUGAGUCUAUUGUAGCACAUCCCUGUUAUUCUUCAUUUUUGGCUCGAUCAGUUGCAUCCAUACUAGGCUUUCUAAAAGCUGGAGAACCAUGUUUCAUCUCUGAAGAACCUAUGCAGCAAUUACGAAAACUUCUGUUAGAAUUUUUGAAUCGAAUUCCAUCAAAAGAUGAUUUACUACCUUAUGUGCAAAAGAUAUUAAAUCAGUUGUUUGAACAAUUUACGGUGGAGAAUGAAGAAAAUGGCUUAAUUAUUUUAAAAAUUGUAGUAGAAUUUCACAAGGCAUUUAAACUUUCUUUUAAUACUCCUGUUUUAGAGUAUGUACAACUUUUGAAAAAAAUAUAUGCUGAUUUCCCAAAUCAUGUGGAUAAGGUGUUUCAGACUCAAAAAGGGUUAAAAGUAAGAGAUUUUUCAACAAAUAGUUUAGAAGAAAUACUUAGAGUAACUUACAGUUCUACUCGUAUUGAAUGUGAGGGCCAAGCUAAUGAAGCUGAAAAAGUUAAACAAUAUACUCUUAUACCAAGAAGUCUCAGAUCUUUAAGAGUGUUGACUGAAAUACCAAUUGUAGUGGUUGUUCUGUAUAAAGUCUGCGAGGAAAAACUUUAUAAAGAAAUUGAGGAGUUUAUUCCAAUCAUUAUGGAAUUGAUUAAUCUUGAAUCAAAUAAAGAAGCGAUGAAAGAACCUAGUUUCAACAAGGAUAUUCACUUUGAUUUUAUUGCAGUCCAAGUUAAAGCAUUAAUGUUCCUGUCAUAUCUUAUACGAACAUAUGAGGAGUCUGUGAGUAACAAUUCAUCUAAUUUUUAG